UGACAUCAAAGUUCCUGGUAACCAGAAAGGCUUAGCAUUCUAUGCUCACGGUUAGAGAUUCAAGUUGGGGUUUACAGCCAGAAGCCACAGCUCCAACAUGCAUAGGAUCAGGACCACAGAAUCAGACCAUGGGAAGAAAAGACAAAAAAAGAUGAAUGCUCUUAUUUCCUCCACAGUUUAUGAAAUUAAAUUUCAUGAAUUAGUCCUUUUUAUUUUGGAGAAGAAAAUGGGGGCAACCCGGAGAACAUUCCUGAUGGAUCUGGCUCGAAAGAAAGGUUUCAGGGUCGAAAAUGAGUUAAGCAAUUCAGUGACUCACAUUGUGGCAGAAAACAAUUCUGGUUCAGAUGUCCUGGCUUGGCUCAGGGCGCAUAAAAUGGAAAAGACAGAACAGAUUGAACUCCUUGAUGUCUCUUGGCUAAUCGAAUGCAUGAAAGCUGGAAAACCAGUGGAAACAAAAGGAAAAUAUCAGCUUGUGGAGAGCGAGGUUGGUUCAGCUAAUCCAGACCCAAAUGCAGGCACCUUGAAGAUUCUACCACCUGCAAUGAAAGCCAUCUCCCAAUAUGCUUGCCAAAGACGGACAACUUUAAACAACCAUAACCAAAGGUUUACGGAUGCUUUUGAGAUACUGGCAAAAAACUACGAGUUUAGAGAAAAUCAUGGCACUUGCCUGACAUUUUUGAGAGCAACCUCUGUGCUGAAAUGUCUUCCAUUUGCUAUUGUCAGUAUGAAAGACACAGAAGGACUGCCGUGGAUUGGAGAUGAAGUUAAAGGUAUCAUGGAGGAAAUUAUUGAGGAUGGAGAAAGUUUGGAAGUUCAAGCUGUGCUAAAUGAGGAGCGCUACCAGGCUUUCAAACUGUUUACAUCCGUGUUUGGAGUGGGCUUAAAGACGGCUGAGAAAUGGUACCGAAUGGGCUUCAGGACACUAAGUAAAAUCCGAUCCGACAAAAGCCUGAAAUUUACCAAAAUGCAGGAAGCAGGGUUCCGUUAUUAUGAUGACCUCAUUGCCUGUGUGUCCAAGGCAGAAGCAGAUGCAGUGAGCUUACUAGUUAAAGAAGCUGUCUGGACUUUUUUGCCUGAUGCUUUAGUCACCAUGACAGGAGGGUUCCGAAGGGGAAAGGAGUUUGGGCAUGAUGUAGAUUUUUUGAUAACUAGCCCAGGAGCAGAAAAAGAACAAGAAAAUCAGCUUUUACAGAAAGUUACUAACUUAUGGGAAAAACAGGGAUUACUUUUGUACUAUGACCUCAUGCUGUCAACAUUUGAAGACCUAAAACUGCCAAGCAGGAAGACUGAUGCUUUAGAUCAUUUUCAGAAAUGCUUUUUGAUUCUAAAAUUAUACCAUCAGAGGGGAGACAGGAGCAAAUGGGAAAUGUCUGCAGGGUCGAAUGUGCUGGAAGCAAAAAACUGGAAGGCCAUCCGCGUGGAUCUGGUGGUAUGUCCGUAUGAUCGGUAUGCAUAUGCUCUGCUAGGCUGGUCAGGCUCGAGGCAAUUUGAAAGAGACUUGAGGAGGUAUGCUACCCAUGAGAAGAAGAUGAUGCUGGAUAACCAUGCUCUGUAUGAUAAGACUAAGAGGAUUUUUCUCGAAGCUAAAAGCGAAGAAGAAAUUUUUGCGCAUCUGGGAUUGGAGUACAUUGAACCAUGGGAAAGAAAUGCCUAGAACAAAAAUAUGCGAACAUCUCUCUGUGGCUUGAUCUCUCUUUCUGCUUCAUAAAAUGUGGUUCAAUAAUUUUGCUGUCUUUGUCCUGUAGUAGUAGGUGCUGGAGGAAAGCACAGGAGCCACUAAAUGUAGAUGAAAUAUCGAUUGUUCCUGAAAAGGAUUUUUUCCCCUUUGCAAAUUCCAGCAGUUCCAAACUUUUGAACAUACUGAGUUUCAGAAGUUCAUAUGCAAAUCAGCCAUUUUGCUCUCAGAAUACAUUCUCUACAUAAUGCAUGCUGUGCUGAUGUUCAGGUCAGCUUAUAAAAGCCUAUUUAACCCCAAAGCAGGUGAAAUCAAAGAUGCACAAUAAA